CAGAAUCGUAAACAAACAGGUGAUCAGGAAGGGUCAAAACAGACGAGCAACCGAUAUAGAUCGAUGAGUGGUUGAGAGAAGGAACUUUGUGGAAAAUAAUCACCGUGUUACAGCUACCACAUUUGAAUUAAAGCGACGACGUGAGUGGGAGACUCUAGUUGUCAGCUGAGAAAUAAGAGUGAUCAGCACCCGCGUGUACAGUCUUCAUCGCCCAUCAUCAGGGCCCAGUCUAAUUCAGGAUGUGGUAUGUGGGGACCUGGCUGGGCGUUUUGGGCCUUGUCUUAUGCUGCAUUCUGGCGCCUUCUCCUGGACAGGCAUAUAUCUAUGCUCAUUACAGUAACAUGACAUCCAUGCUGUUUGAAGAUCUGCCUGCUCUCUUUGGCUCUCCCCUACCAAAAGAUGGACUCAUGGGUGUGCUGGUUGAAGCUCAUCCUCAGAAUUCCUGCAUCCCUAUAGAGCCCCCUCCUGUUUCUCCCACCCCCUCCGAUCCCAACAGCACUACAAAAUACAUCGUCCUCAUUCGACGCUAUGACUGCAACUUCGAUAUCAAGGUGCUGCAUGCACAGCAGGCCGGUUUCAGUGCAGCAAUAGUGCACAACAUGAACUCCAAUUCACUUCUCAGUAUGGGCUACAGCAAUGACACCAUUGCUGAAGAGAUCAAGAUACCCUCUGUGUUUACAAGCUACUAUGCCUCUCAAAUACUACACAACUUUAUCAUACCAGAGAAAGGGGCUUAUGUGAUUCUGAAGCCGGAGUUCUCCUUCCCUCUCUCCUAUUAUCUUAUCCCCUUCACCGGCGUGGUGGGCAUUAUCAUCAUUGUCAUGGUCAUCAUACUGAUCGUUCGGUGUGUGCAGCACAGGAAGAGGCUCCGGAAAAACAGACUCUCCAAAGAACAGCUGAAGAAAAUCCCCACUCACAAGUUUGUUAAAGGUGAUGAGUAUGAUGUGUGUGCAAUUUGCCUGGAUGAAUAUGAAGAGGGAGAUAAGCUGAGAGUGCUGCCAUGUUCACACGCUUAUCACUGCAGGUGUGUGGACCCCUGGCUCACCCAGACCAAAAAAACGUGCCCUGUGUGCAAGCAGCGUGUGACCCGUCCCAACCCGGAAUACUCAGAGUCUUCAGAUUCUGACGAAGAGGCGGGGCCACACGAGGCUAAUGAGGAAGAGGAGGGAGCAAUCAGUGAGGCUGAUUCUGAGCGCACCCCUCUGCUCCACCCCUCUAACCUCGCGUCCCCUUCCUCGUCCAGCCCACCUCCCACAUACGACUCAACAAUAGUGUCAGCGUCAGCUGUUGCUAUUGUAACAACCUCCGCACAGUGCUUGCCGUGCACACCGCAGCACGACUUGCUCCACCUGGGCUUUGAUGAAUACUACUCACCCGUAGGGGACUCUGUUGAAGGUACCAAGGAUGAGGAGGGUCUCCCCUCAGAUAAUGAUACCACAGAGCUUAUUGGAGCUCUGUAGGAGCAUAAGAAUUUUUGGAAAGCCGUUGAUUUAAAUACAACCCUUUAUCUUGGUCACUUUGGUUUUCUCGCAACAAAGUCGGAAGUUGUGUCACAGGCUAGACCUGAAUCAAAGAAAUGUACACCCUGUUUUUGAGACACAUUUUUGGACACUGCUCCAGUCUGACAGACAUGCACACCCAUGCCACUUUUAGGUAGCUAGUGCGACCAACACUACACAGAAUAUGUGCAAUAUAUUUACAGUUUCUAACACAAAUGCAUGUUAAUAAUAACUUUUCAGAUUGGUAUGGUUUACAAAACUUUUUGUUUUUGUCAAGUUUUUAAAAUUUGGGCCCAUAUCCAAAUAGGGUUUAAAGGUAACAUGAAAGCUGUUUGUUUAAUUAUGUCAUUAUUUUAAUCACAUGUCGUUUCAAUCCCGUAUGUCUGACUUUUUUUUUCUUUGUAACACAAAAGGAGAAAAGGAGUUUCAUGCUGCUCUUUUCCAUACAGUGAAAGCACAAAGUGGCCAGGCGUUGUCGAGCUUCAGAAAGGACAAAACAAACACCAUAAAAGUACGUAGCCCAUAUGGCUCAUGCGCUACAUUCCAAGUCUUCUGAAGCCAUACGAUAGCUUGAGGAAGUUUGAAUAUGCUUGUGUGCAAAUGAAAUUUGAGAGCAUUUUCAAUGAAUAACGACGUAAAUUUCAUUGUUCCUCAAAGCUGUCUUAUGACUUCAGAAGACUUGGAAAAUAGUGCACAGUUCAUUUGGAUUACUUUUAUGGUGGUGUGUUGUACUUUUUGCAUCUUGACUGCCCUUGGUAACUGUAUGCUUUCGUUGUUUGAAAGAAAGUCAUGCGGGUUUAUAGCGACAUGAUGGUAAGUAACGAGUAAAUAAUGACAGAAUUUGUAUUUUUAGUUGAACUGUUCCUUUAAGUUGGUGGUUAAUGCCUGGUCACCAUUUAUGUGCAAUACGGACAGGUUACCAGUUUGUAAAUUAGUAUUUCCUUUACAAACAGAGGUCAGGAAAAGAUCAUUGCAGGCUUCUGAAUUACACUGUUUGAUGACCAACUUAAAAAAAACUAUGUUUUUUUAUUAAGCAACUCAUGCAUAAUUAAAUUCCCCACCUGUUCAAGUGAUUAAAUAAUACAAUUUUACAGGAUUCACAUUUAGAGCCUGAUUAUUUAGUAUUUAUUUUGGUGGGUUGCUGUUUUAAAAUCCUUUUUUUUUUUUUUUUUUUUUUUUUACUUGUUAAA